AUGGGGGAAGUAGAAGAAACAAAUUAUCGGCCAGGGAAUGGGCUGACCAGAAGGGUUCAGGGGGUGGGCGAGGGGCUGGAGGGGGUCACGCUUCCAUCGCCAUUUGCAGCAGAAAUGACUGAAGCUGAAGCAGAUGCACUUGUGAACAACCACCGAGCCCUCUACCAGCAAGCUCUCAAGCGCCGUGAGACGAUUGCUAGCAGCGUCGGCAAGACCAAGUGUGUUCACACCCUCUCUGGUGUGCCGGUUCCUCAGAAAAAAUCCCGCGCCGCUAAGUCCGGUGGGCAGAAAGGCAAGCGGAGGAGGAAGGCUGGAGCUACUACAGGCAGUCAAGCUGACUUACCUGCUCCCGCGUCGACCGAGGAGAAGCUUGUCACAGACGGGCUCCCGGACCUCCCUCUGCCAGCAAGUUCCCAGCAGCAGCAGCAGACCGUUACGAACCUGAACCCUCUGCCCGCGGGUUCUCAGCAGCAGCUUCUCGCGAGCUCUCUCCCGAACCCUGUCAAUGCGCACUGGGUCAGACAGAAUCGCGCACUGCAGGCGCAGGUUGAAGAUCUUAAAGCAACCGUUGACAUCCUGCAGAUUUCGCAAGUUGAAGCGCAGCAGAAGCUUGCCGCCGCCAACUCUGAGUGCGAAAUCCUGCGUUCCCGACUGGGUGAGCUUGAGGCGCAACAGGCGGGCGGGGUGUCGGAGAUGUCUUCAGACGGCCCAAUUGUCAACCCGGCAAAUCUCACAAGGGACAACAAUGGCAACGUGAUUGUGAAGACAAGCCUCGAAAAGAAGGAGUUUGCGGUAAAGGCUCUCGACACUUUCACGUGGCUGAUAACAGACGCGCCAGUGGAGUGCAUGGAGUUCUUCCCAACAUUCGAAGUCUUCCAACCUCACCUCAUCACCAAGUACCAGCUGUGUGGAGUGAAUCGCGACGAGUAUUUCUACGCGACUGGCGGCAGAAUCGAGUUCGAGAAGCUGGUGAUGAAGGUCAUCAAAACGAAACGUUCAAACACCCACAAGAAGGUUCGUUUCUAUGCAUGGGGCGCGGGUGGGUUGGUGGAUGAGAGCAAGUGGCCGUUGCUGGCGGUGGAGCAGAUAAUUCCUUCUAAGAAGCGCACGGAAGAGAAGUGGCUGGAAGAAUUCAGGCAUGGAAUUCCCUUUGCUAACAUUGCUUUUGAGAAGGCUGCUUUGGCUGCAUUCUCUGUUGUCACGUCCUCUCUGGUCUACGUGAAGAUUCCCAUGGUGGCUUACCUUUGUGUCGUGGUUGAAGCCCCCCUUGAAAGCUACAGGCCGGGGAAUGGCCAGCCUUCUCUUGGUGGUGUUCCGCAGACCAACAGUAACCUGGUCCGUGCCAAGACUACUGUUGUUGUGGCGGCUCUACACGCCGCGAUGGUCAACAAUCCCACCUUCUUGAAGCAUGAUGAACCCAAGGGCUUGGUGCUGGGUUCUGGGAAGGUGCGAAUUCUGAUUGAAGGAUGGGAGCGUGUUUUUCUGUAG